UUAUAUUUCUUACAGUGAACCUUAUUCGUCAAGGGUUUGGGAAUUUUUGCUCCAAAAAAAUUAGUGGAUUCUAUUUUGGUGUUAAUCUAGAGAAGAAGAUGAAUCAUUGAAUUGAUCGCAUUCAACAACUUCUGCACUUGGAGAUAGUAGAGCAAAGAAGUGCGAGCGAAUCACAAAUCUGAUGCUACUUCAUUGAUCUUACUCUGUUUGUAUUACUACAUUCCAUCACAACCAAAACCCCCGAUCUCCAUCACCGACAGAGUGACCUAGAUCGACCGAGCUAAGGAAGCCACCACCAUGACGAGGCCACUGAAACCCUCAUCAAGAAGACCUGCAUUUGUUCAUCUCAUCUGCGCUGCAACCGUCUUCUCUCUCAUUGUUUUCGCCAUUCAAUCCUUUUUCUUCACUGGUACUCGUACCAAAACUCUGAACACAGAAGACGUCCAGAUCUUAUCUGGUUUUCAGGCCGACGUUCAGCAAUGUGUGGCAAACAGAGGAUUUGGACUUACUGCACAAAUCAUUGACCACUGCAAGUUGGUUCUUAAGCUUCCUGAAGGGACUAAUAGUACCUGGUUGAACCCACAGUUUAAGACAUAUGAGCCAUUAGAAUACAAAUAUGAUGUUUGUGAGGCAAUUCUCCUGUGGGAACAGUAUCGUAACAUGACCACAGUUUUGACAAGAGAAUAUUUAGAUGCAAGACCAGAUGGAUGGAUGGACUAUGCAGCCAAAAGAAUAGCACAGUUAGGUGCAAAAGAUUGCAGCAAUCGCACGCUUUGUGAGGAACUUCUUAAUCCAAUGUUGCCAGCCAAACCACCAUUUCACCCUAGACAGUUUGAGAAAUGUGCUGUUGUUGGAAACUCGGGUGAUCUUUUGAAGACUGAAUUUGGUGAAGAAAUCGAUAGUCAUGAUGCAGUUAUAAGAGACAAUGAGGCACCUGUGAAUGAGAAAUAUGCAAAACAUGUUGGUCUAAAGAGGGAUUUUCGACUAGGAGUUAGGGGCACUGCACGUAAUAUGGUCACCAUCCUCAAUGGAUCAGAUGAUGAGGUGCUUGUCAUCAAAAGUGUAACUCACAGAGACUUCAACAAAAUGAUUGAUAUGAUUCCAAAUCCAGUUUAUCUGUUUCAAGGUAUUGUUUUACGAAGAGGUGCGAAAGGAACUGGGAUGAAAUCAGUUGAGCUGGCACUUUCUAUGUGUGAUAUUGUUGACAUAUACGGUUUCACUGUCGAUCCUGGCUAUACAGAAUGGACCAGAUACUUCUCUGAGCCAAGAAAAGGUCACAAUCCGUUACAAGGAAGGGCGUAUUACCAACUUCUUGAAUGUCUUGGUGUGAUUAGGAUACAUUCUCCUAUGAGGGCAAAAAGGGAACAAGACUGGUCGGAUGUGCCAAGUCGUGAGAAGAUAGGGAGAGCGCAUGCAGCUGCCACGCGGUUAAAGAGGAGUGAAGAGAGUGAGUAUGGUAAAGCGGGGCAGUUUGGGAACUGUAAAGUGUGGGGGAAUGCGGGUGCGUAUGGGAGUGGGCCCGUAUCAGGGUCUAGAGAUAUGAGCAGCAAAAGGAGGAAUUCGAAUUACAGUAAAUGGGAGGUGAUGCCUUUUAAGAGUUUGAGACAAGAAGCACAGGAACAUUACAUGCAGAUGGAAGGGGUUUCGUUGUAUAAGAUGGAUGGUAACAAAUUGGAUGAUUUAGUGUGUGUGAGGCAUCCUUUAGAAUCUGAAUCUGAAUCUUAGGUGAAGGAAAAACUGUGUUGUAAUUUUUUAAUUUAUAUUGGUUUGUGUUAUACCACUUGUGUGCAUUGCAAAGUCCAAGGGGAAUAGAGUUAUAUCUUAGAUAAUCAACAAGGAUUCUGGUAAUGCUGACGUGGAGGGCUGAAUGUGUGGUCGUCAUUUUCAGGCACAAUGUCUAGAUGUAAACAAAGAUAAGUUGGGAUUGGAUUUUCAAGGGAAGUGUAAUUUGUUGUUUUAUACCAAAUUCUAUUCAUCAAUGUUUUCACAUAGUUUGGUUUGGGUUGUUA